AUGUUUCUCAUAUCCAUCACCCCAUCCAAAUUAGUGGCACUUAUUUUACCACUGUUACCAGGGGCUUUGAGUGCCCCUUUACUGAAGCGGAGUGGCUCCUUUUUAGCUCUACAUACCGACUUCCCUGACCCCAGCUUCGUCAAAACACCAGAAGGUAAAUGGUAUGCCCUGGGGACGGAGGGAAAUGGCAAGCGUGUUCAGGUUGCCGAGUCUGAUGAUUUUCAUUCUUGGACCCUUCUGGAUAUCGAAGGACUGCCGAAAGUUGCGGCCUGGGAGGAAGAUGCCCAGCAUUUCGCCCCGGACGUGAUACGACGGGAUGACGGAAAAUACAUCAUGUACUAUUCUGCCAACUCGAAGGAAGUCGGCCCGAACCAAGAUGAUCACCAUUGCGUCGGCACUGCUAUCUCCGACAACCCCAAGGGGCCAUAUAUUCCUAACGACAAGCCCCUUGCUUGCGAUCUUGAUAGGGGCGGUGCAAUUGAUCCUGUUGGAUUCCGCGAUGCGGACGGUACUCUAUAUGUUACCUACAAGGUCAACGGCAAUAGUAUCGGCCACGGAGGCGACUGCAACAACGGCGUCGACCCUCUCGUUCCCACCCCUCUGGUGCUGCAGAAGCUUGCCAAAGACGGUGUUACUCCUGUUGGCGAUCCUGUUCAAAUUUUGGAUCGCAACACCGCAGAUGGCGAUGGCCCUCUUGUCGAGGCUCCCAGCCUCGUAUUUUCAUCUGGCACCUACUACCUAUUCUACUCAACACACUGCUUCAACGAGGACUCAUAUGAUACCCGCUAUGCUACAGCAUCUAGCAUAACUGGCCCUUACACCAAAAAUAACGAGCAAUUGUUGAAGACUGGCGAUAGUCCCAGCUUGAUUUCUCCCGGUGGCGCAACUGUCCAUGCAGAUGAUGGUGACCGCAUUCUUUUCCACGGUUGGUGUGACGCCAGCAUGAAGCAGCGUUGUAUGUACGGUGCAAAUAUUUCUUUAGAUGGGACGAAGGCUUCCAUUGUUUGA